AAGAUGCUCCCCUCCUUUACAUCAGUGCUGCUGGUCACGGCACUGACCAGUGCAUUUGCCCAAGACUUUUAUGAAGACAGAAAAUCUAACAAGAAUCCCAGGGCCAAACCUCUGGUGGGAAAUAUUCACGAUGGACAAGCCAUUCUAGAUGAGGACUGCAGUUUGGAGCUCUCCUUCCUGUUGGACAGUUCUGAGAGUGCCAAAGACAAUCAUGAGCAGGAGAAGCAGUUUGUGAUGAACGUAGUGGACAGACUCCAGGGGAUACAGCUGCAGACCGGCCGCAGCAUGAGCCUGAGGGUGGCUCUGCUGCAGUACAGCAGUCAUGUCAUCACAGAGCAAACCUUCAGAGAGUGGAGGGGCGCUGACAACUUCAAGACCCGCAUAGCUCCCAUCGUCUACAUCGGGCACGGCACCUACACCACCUACGCCAUCACCAACAUGACCAGGAUCUACCUGGAGGAGUCCAGCCACAACAGCAUCAAAGCAGCUGUUCUGCUCACAGAUGGCGUCUCCCAUCCGAGGAACCCUGAUAUUUUCUCCGCUGUUGCCGAUGCCAAAAACCAAGGCAUCAGAUUCUUCACUUUGGGCAUCACCCGCGCAGCCAACGAGCCAGCCAAUGUAGCCCAACUCCGCCUUCUUGCCAGCUCCCCGGCCUCCCACUUCCUCCACAAUUUACAGGAUGAAGACAUUGUCGGAAAAAUCGUCACCCAGAUUGUUGGCUUGGCUGAUGAAGGAUGCCCUCUGGCUCAGCGAUGUGCCUGUGAGAAAGGAGAGAGGGGGACAAGCGGGCCUGCGGGGAAGAAAGGUCGACCCGGAGAUGAUGGAGCCCCAGGGCUUAGAGGGCAAAAGGGUGAAGCAGGAUUAAGUGGUCUACCUGGGAGAGAGGGUGCUGAGGGAAAACCUGGUUACAAGGGAGAGCAGGGUGAGAGGGGUGAGUGUGGCACUCCAGGACUCAAAGGAGACAGGGGCCCCGAGGGCUCAGUUGGAGCAAGAGGGCCCAGAGGUCUUCAGGGGUUACCGGGACCACAUGGAGACAUUGGACCUGAGGGCCCUCAGGGAAAGCGGGGUGAACGUGGCCCAUCUGGUCCUCCAGGAAUUCAAGGGGAAACUGGAAUUGGACUUCCUGGACCAAAAGGUGACAUCGGAUUCCAGGGCCGAUCAGGUCCUCCUGGUCCUCCUGGAGUUGGUGAACAUGGACUUCCUGGACCUCAAGGACCACAAGGUGUUCAAGGAGAAAAAGGACCUCAGGGGGAGGGGUUUCCAGGAACAAAGGGGGAUCGAGGGCUACAUGGGCAGGGGCCGAGGGGACAACAAGGAGCAGGAAUCAAAGGAGAUAGGGGUGAUUUGGGGCCUCCAGGUUUUCCAGGGCCAACUGGACAGACAGGAGUGGGCAUACAGGGAGAGAAGGGCAUUGAAGGUCCAAGAGGUCCUCCAGGAGUCAGAGGACUUCCAGGAGAGGGUUUACCUGGAUCUAAGGGAGACCAAGGUUUACCAGGAGAGCAGGGAGCUCACGGAGAGAGGGGCAUUGGAGAGCCAGGUGCUAAGGGAGAGCCUGGAGCAUCUGGCUUGGGGGGCUUGCCUGGCCUUCCAGGAGAAGAUGGAGCUCCAGGGCAGAAGGGGGAGGCUGGUUUACCUGGUUUAAGAGGUGCUGAGGGGGCACACGGAAUUGGCACUCAAGGAGAAAAAGGAGACCAGGGUCUGAGGGGCAUUCGUGGGCUACAUGGGCCUCCUGGGAUCUCAGGACCCUCAGGUCCAAAGGGUGAACGUGGGAUACCAGGCCAGCAGGGCAUGCCAGGGCAGCCAGGACGCUCUAUAUCAGGUCCAAAGGGGGAUAUCGGCUCUGCUGGUCCUCCUGGUCCUGUUGGGGAAACAGGCCAUGGAUUACCUGGUCCAAAGGGAGAGCGUGGACACCAGGGGUUACCAGGUCAAGUUGGUUCAAAAGGCGAAGGCCUCCCCGGCCCUGUGGGUCCUCCAGGAUUGCCAGGUUUACAAGGCGAGCCGGGCCCAGAAGGAAUAGGAAUUCCAGGUCCAAAGGGUGACAUUGGCUUCAGAGGAUUGCCAGGUUUGCCUGGUCCACCUGGAGAGGGCUUACAGGGACUCGCAGGAAAUGUUGGAAGACCAGGACCUUCUGGUCCAAGUGGACCUCCAGGAGAAGGCAUACAAGGCCCAAAGGGUGAGCCAGGGUCUCAAGGUAUGACAGGAGCAAGGGGACCUCAAGGGGAUGGAUUUCCUGGAGCUAAGGGUGAUCGUGGAUCACAGGGGGAAAGGGGAAUGAAAGGUACAAAAGGUGAACUGGGAGAUCCUGGAUUCCCGGGUGAAGCUGGGAGGGCAGGAGCAAAAGGAGAAGCAGGCCUCACAAGAGAAGACAUUAUUAAGCUGAUCAAAGAAAUCUGUGGCUGUGGCGUCAAGUGCAAAGAAAGGCCGAUGGAACUUGUGUUUGUGAUCGACAGCUCAGAGAGUGUCGGCCCUGAAAACUUUGAAAUCAUCAAAGACUUUGUCACCAGGUUGGUGGACCGGACCACAGUCGGACGCAAUACCACCAGAAUCGGACUGGUCCUCUACAGUCUGGAUGUUCACUUGGAGUUCAACUUGGUUCGCUACAUGAACAAACAGGACGUCAAGCAGGCAAUCAGGAAGAUGCCUUAUAUGGGCGAGGGCACGUACACCGGCACUGCCAUAAGAAAAGCAACUCAGGAGGCGUUCUUCAGCGCUCGGCCCGGGGUCAGAAAAGUAGCCAUCGUCAUCACCGAUGGUCAAACUGACAAACGAGAGCCUGUAAAACUCGAUAUAGCUGUGAGGGAGGCUCAUGCUGCGAACAUUGAGAUGUAUGCCUUGGGGAUCGUCAAUUCUUCUGAUCCAACACAGGCUGAGUUCCUGCGAGAGCUUAACCUCAUUGCUUCUGAUCCUGACAGUGAACACAUGUACCUCAUUGAUGACUUCAAUACUUUACCAGCACUGGAGUCUCAACUGGUCAGCCAGUUCUGUGAAGAUGAAAAUGGUGCCCUUAUCUACAAUCGCCUUACAAAUGGACACUGGAACAGCAAUAAUGGGCAUGGCCAUGGUGUUAAUGGAAACAAUGGACACGGGGAGAAUAACAACGUCCAUGGAAAUAAUGGCUUUGGAAACAAUGGAUAUGAAAACACAGGAAACGGCUACAAUUACCCAGAGAAGACCGAAAAUCCAAGACGCACUGGCAGCCGAGUCCGUGGAGACACAUUCGCGCUGCCCAUCAUUGCUGAUCCUCUCCCGGUUCAGGUGGUGGAUGAUGAUGAGGGUGAAGACUUAGACUUGAGAGCUCAAUCAAGUGGCAGUAGUAUUGUAGCUGUAGUUAACGUAACGUCUUUUUCACGUGUAAGGGAUAGCUCCGCCCUCAAUGAGGCUGUCGUAUUAUCUUCAUCAUCUUCUUCAUCAUCUUCUACUUCAUCUGCAGCAUCCUCGCCAACUCUAGACUCAGUUUCAUCUUUAGACUUUGAUCAGUUGCACUCCUCAGUGAGUCUAGUAGUGCCUGAAGAGGCCCCUGUUCUUGAUCCUCGCUGUCACCUCAUCUUGAGCCAAGGCACCUGCAGAAACUACAGCAUCCGCUGGUACUAUGACAAGCAGGCCAACGCCUGUGCACAGUUUUGGUAUGGAGGCUGCGGUGGAAAUGACAACAAUUACGAAACAGAAGACGAAUGCAAGAAGACUUGUGUUUUGUUCAGAACAGCAGGAUAAACAGAGAAGUGAGAUGAAGCCAUUGCAAGGUCGACUUAACUAAAUCUGAACUUAAUUUUGCUGACGUAAUUUAAAGUGAUCAAUUCCUGACAUGUUUGCUCACAAAAUUUCAUGCACUUUUUAACACUUUUUUUCUCAGACAAAAAAAAUCUGGCUGAAUCGGAAACAGCACUACAAAGUUAAGACUAACUGAAUCUAGACUCUUUCACCUCAAUGAAAGGCUGACUAAACUACAAUUAACUUAAAUAAACAGACUUUAUUACCUCAAAAAAACUGUUAUGUGCUUGAUACACAAGGAGAAUUCUUUGUUUUCAGGGUUUGGCUUUCCAAAGUUUCAUUGACUGUAUAAUAAAAUGAUUGCAUUUUAAAUAGCUUACAGUCUGUCAAAUGACAACUACAGAAAUGUUAUUAAAGUUUAAAAUUACUCUGAAGAUUUUUCUUAUACCUCUAUGAGCCACUUGCCUUACAUGUACUGAAUAUAUUUCUGACUAGACAGCGAUAAUAAGAUGUUUGUUUAAUUUUGAUGUUUUGAUUUGCUGAUUUAUGCUGGUACUUUAUGUGUGUUUUGUGUGUUGUUACUACAAUGUCUCCUUUCGGGUCAGAAUUG